CGGCGCUUUUUCGUCUGUUACCCCAGGCGGGCCUGGCCGCCAUCUUGUAUCGGUAGUAAUCGGGCGGUGUUUCUACCUGUUCUGUUCAGUAAUCGAUAGGUGGAGGUGCCAGAAUAGAGCCUGCAGAAAAGAUGUGUCGAUCAGGGAUGGGAGCUUUUUCGGUACUGAUUCGAAACUGGAGCUUAAGCAAGUUCUGGACUUGCUCUACUGCUAUGCCUACGAAACCGCAUCGGUCCAGAACUUGGCCAGGGAAUGCAGGAUGGCUUCAGAAGCGAUCGUAAACUGGAGAAACUACGUGCGAGACAUUUUUGCGGAAUACUUUAUCCGACACCCGUUGACCAUUGGUGGCCCUGGCCACGUGGUUGAAAUUGACGAAUCUGCCUUCGUUAAGAGAAAAGGCAAUGUUGGAAGGAGAGUGAACACUCAAUGGGUUUUUGGUGGCAUUGACGUGCAUACGAAGCAGGGAUUUCUUGUAGCAGUUCCCCAACGUGACGCAGCAACCCUACUACCAAUUCUGCAACGUUACGUUCUGCCCGGAACAACUGUCGUAUCCGACCUAUGGGCAGCGUACAACACUGUCCACACUCUGGGAUAUCGACAUUUAACGGUCAACCACAGCCUCCACUUUGUGGACCCUCACACCCACGCAACCACCAACCACGUGGAAUCCAUGUGGAGUCGGGCAAAGCAAAGAAACAAGCGAGAGUGUGGCACCUUCCGAACCCAGCUGGAUUCGUAUCUAAUAGAAUUUAUGUGGAGGCAGCAAUUUAACAAUGACCCUUUCGAAAACCUGCUGGCUCACAUCAGGGAUGUGUACCCACUGUAAAAAAAAUCUGCUAGCGUUAUUUUGUAUACCUAUGUACCUGUAUAUUUGUGUGUGAGUGUUUGUGUAU